AUGAGCAGAGAGGAACCCUACUUGGAGGCGGUGUACGGAGAACUCCACGAUCCUGUGGAGAUGGUAGGAGAUAUCUCGUUGACGGUCGACGAAGUGUCCGUGGAGAAUUCGCCGUCUGGCUGCCCGCCGCCAGGCCACGAUAGGGACAUCACACACGUCAGCCCACCCUCGACAUCUUCCUCACCAGAUAAUUUUAUAGAUGAGAUACAAGGCCUCACGACGCCUGAAGCAGAAAACCUGCAAAAGACUGUCGGCUUCAACGAAAUUGCUACACAAAAGAAACCGGGAAUCCUCGUUUUCCUUUCUUAUUUCCUCGGAACCGUCCCCAUAAUCAUGAUCCUGACGGCCAUAAUCACGGCGUCCAUUCCAGGUGUCACAGAGGGGGGACAAUCGCCCCUGCAGAUGGGAGGCUCGUGGGCCGAGCUCCAGCGCGCAGUCGGUCAGGGUUGUUCUCUGACUCUGUUGUUCUUACCGGCUUCGCUAGGGCUUCCUGUCCUCGUCGAUGAGUCGUCGCUCACUGGCGAGUCGUUGGCGGUAACGAAGGGCAGGGGCGACGCGAUGCUUCAGGGCGCAGUCGUGCAGAGUGGCGAGCUGUACUUGCUCGUCGAGAAAACGGGUGCCGACACUCUUUUCGGAAAGGCUCUUGAACUUCUGGGGAAAACGGAGACGAAGGGUAAUCUGAAGAAAGUUUUGGAGAAGGUUGCAAGACUCAUCUGCUGCGUCGGGGCAGUCUUCAGCGUCGUGCUGAUGUUCGUCCUCAUUUUUCGCGACGACGUCCCGUGGUACCAAGCCUUUGCAUUUGCGCUCGCCCUUCUUUGCUGCAUUUUGCCUUCCGCAAUGCCGCUCGUCACUACUGCAGUCCUUUCGACUGGAGCACUAGAACUGAGCAGGCAGAAAGCCCUCGUGUCUCGUCUCUCUUCGAUCGAAGAGCUUGCCGGCAUGGACAUCCUCUGCAGCGACAAAACCGGAACGCUGACCUUGAAUAAGCUUGUCAUUGAUAAAGCGGAGAUCAUCGAGGCGCCGGGGUUCACCAAGGAUGAGGUGCUCCUCUAUGCGAGCCUGGCGUCGAAGCAGGAGAAUCCCCUCCUCCAAUUUGUUCCGUUCAAUCCACUCGACAAGCGGAGCGAAGCCACCGUCAAAUUUCCCGAUGGCAAGAUCCGAGUUAUUGUGAAGGGCGCGCCGCAGCUUGUCAUGGUUAGCCUGUCGCACUCUGGGAACGAGGCAAGGAGAAAGGCAGAGAGAGGUUUGAGGACGCUCGGCGUGGCCAUGUGUGAAGCAACCUUGCCCGUUGACGGGGCAGUCCGCACGGAGGAACUCGAGUUUCUGGGUUUGAUUUCAAUGCUCGAUCCGCCGAGAGAUGACACAGCUUCCACCAUUGAGAAGGCGAUGAGUCUGGGAAUCGACGUGAAGAUGAUCACGGGAGACCAGCGCGCGAUCGCCAUGGAAAUGUGUCGCCGCCUGAACAUGGGAACGAACGUCCUAGGUGAAGAAGCCUGGUCCGGGGAGGUCGACCUGGCAACCAAAAUGGGAGGCUUCGGAAAGCUUGCGGAAUCGGCCAACGGCUUUGCCCAAAUCGUUCAAGCGCUUCAGGAAGAAAAGCACAUGGUGGGCAUGACUGGCGACGGCGUCAACGACGCACCAGCCCUCAAGAAAGCAGACGUGGGCAUUGCCGUGGCAGGCGCCAGUGACGCCGCGCGAGCUGCCGCCGACAUCAUUCUCCUCGAAUCCGGUCUCUCGCCGAUCAUCCAAGCCCUGAUCGUCAGUCGAUGCAUCUUUCGAAGGCUCCGCAACUACGUCGUGUUUCGCGUGGCGACGAGUCUCCUUCUUCUCCUUUCCUACUGGACGGCUGCGAUGCUGAGCAUCGUGUCGCCGCCUCUCUGGUGCUUGCUUCUCCUCAAAGUCCUGAACGACGUCUCCAUGAUGGCUACCAGCACAGACCACGUCGUCCCCUCCACGAAACCUGAGAACUGGAAGGCGGUCGAGACCCUGUGCAUCUCGGCGACUCUUGGCGCGGUCGGAGCGAUUGCAUGCAUCAUUUUCUCCGUCGUUGCCAGUCCGGUGACACAAGCACAGACUCCGUUCUGGGAGGCUUGGGGCCUCGAGCCCUUGACCCGGUCGCAGCUUAACCUUGCGGUCUUCCUCCUCGCAGGGAUUUUAAUUCAGUUGGGGAUCUUCAGCGCGCGUACGAAAGGCGCCUUUUUCUUCUGCGACUCCAAAGAGUCAAAAAAACCUUCCAUCGUCGUUUGUAUCUCGUGCGCCGUUGCAGUCACUUUCAUGACCUUCUUCACUGUUUACUUCCACGAAGACUGGGAUGACGGGACAGAUUUUGGGAUUCGCGGGAUAGGCUGGCGAGCUACGGGCGUCAUCUGGCUGUAUGCGCUCCUCUGGUUUUUGGCCAUGGACGCUGUUAAGCUUCUCGUCGUGAAGGCGUUUUUCGACGAAUCUGGGCUGUUCAACUGCAUCCAUGGCGAUGCACACUCUCAGCGCAAAAAAGCGUUUCAGGAAUUUCGAAGGCUCCGGCGAGAGGCGCAGAACCAGAAGCUAGCGGGGGGUGUCGCGGCGACAGUCCAGAAUCAGCGAGACAGCUACGAGCUGCAGAGGCGAUCGAUCAUCGCAGGAGCCGGCACGACAGUCCGCCUCUUGGCUCCACCUGUGGCCGAGCCGAGAACUCGCUUCGAAAGCAGCCUGCAGCCGUCCCUCAGCGGAUCGUUCAUUUGCGUCCCGCGUUCCGAGAGCGAUGCCGAGCUGAAGCGCCUCGACCAACAAGUCGCAGGGGCCAUGGAGAAACUGAAGUACAAUAAAUAG